GGACGACCGAGAAAAUAACACAUACAUGCUUUGCACUCGCGGGCCUGAACGAACAACGGCGUCUGGUAAUGGAGAAAAAACACGCAUAAAAAACUCGAAAUUCUCUGAUUCUCAGACAGACGUAUUGCUCCGGGGUGUAUGCACGCAUGGUUUCAUUUCGCGAACACCGAAUUUGAUGGAAUUGCGUGGCGUUGUUGAUCGAAAAAUCGCAUACGGCCAGAUAUCUUAUGGAUUUCUUCACUUAGCUAAUGCAUCAUCAAACCACUUCCGGAAGACGGCACGGUAGUCUUCUGCACAUGACAGCAGUAGGCACCGACAGAUUGCGCUCCCGUACACUUUACCGCGAGUCAAACCUGCUUCCCGAAAGUUCAUCAUUAAGUUGUGCACCGUCCGUCGAUACAUGCAUGAAUCUCUACGUACGUGUGGACUCGGAGGUCUUUUCAUGGAACACAAAACCUUCGUGGAAAUUGCUUCGGAAGUUAUUGAACCCCUCGCGAUUAAUUCGGAAAGCAUACGGCAAGGAAUCUGAAUGUUUUAUCAACUUCUGGCGGAUCAGGCAUCCGGAAAUGUCACAGGAAGAUCCAUCUCCGGGCGCAUCAGACAUGAUCCGGAAAUGUCACAGGAAGAUCCAUCUCCGGGCGCAUCAGGCAUGUUCCGGAAAUGUCACAGGAAGAUCCAUCUCCGGGCGCAUCAGGCAUGAUUCGGAAAUGUCACAGGGAGAUCCACCUCCGGGUGCAUCAGGCAUGAUCCGGAAAUGUUACAGGGAGAUCCACCUCCGGGUGCAUCAGGCAUGAUCCGGAAAUGUCACAGGGAGAUCCACCUCCGGGUGCAUCAGGCAUGAUCCGGAAAUGUCACAGGAAAAUCCACCUCCAGGAAGUUAUGCCGAUCGUUUGACGAACAUGUGGAAUAGUAGCUGCGGUCAACUUUUGUCAACAAAAGGAACGCUGAACUUACGAUGAAAUCACCGACCUCAUAAAGACGCCGUCUGUUUACGGAUAGGUUACUUAGUGACACAAUCGCAAUAAAUUGAAAGAGGCAGUGGUAUUUAUCUCAUAACAAUAUGAAACGUAUUUUAUACAAAAUCUGGACAUCCGUGAUUGGAUGAGGUGAAAACUGCUCACCAAAAUAAGCCUUUUUAUCGGCGUUCCGUGCGCAAAACAUUUGGGGUGUAGCAGACGGAAAAAAUAGCAUAAAUGGCGUUCUACUGACAAAUAUGCUUACUAACAACUGCAGUAAAUUUGCUUCGAAAACGCAAAAUGUUUCUUGCACAUGUGCAGUUUCACAUGAAUAAACAUAUUUUGAUAUUGUUGGAUAUUUUUGGUACAUUUGUUUUGUAAACGUGCGUGUCAAGAAAUUGCAUUAAUCAACGACCGGACUGUCAAUAUAAAGUAAGAAAGAUUUUCUGGGUCUCGAUUGUGUUUGGUUCGACGAAGCAAACGUGUUCAUGUAUUUAAA